GAAACAUCGGAGAGAGCAAAACUUAUAAAGAACGACCUUUACACAAGGAUACUUGACAUGGGGAUGUGUUGCCAUGUUUGGGCAGAAGUACUCCAACUCCCCUGACAAUGCACAUAAGCUGCUGCCUUGGUGAACAGACUGUGUAAAACGACUAUGGUCAGUCUGAUGAAUACUUUCAUUACAUAUAUCAUAAGCUCCUGAUCAGAAGAGUUUCUGGUUCCAGUAUGGAAACCUCAACACAUUCUGGGAAAAAUGAAGGCAGGACAGCUGUUUCACCUAAACAUCCAGUGGACAUAAAGGACUGGAAUAAAGACGAUGUGAGAGAAUGGUUACUUGAGAUAAAUGUGAACAGAGAAGAUGCAGAAUUGUUGUAUAAUCAGGGAGUUAAUGGAGCUGAUCUUCUUCAUUUGGAGAAGACCUAUCUUAUAGUGCAAAAAAUUAAAUCAGAUGCAGUAGAAAUGAUUAUUCAGCACAUUGAUCCUUUGAACCCAAAGACUCAGCAGCUGAACAAAAUGGUGAAGUGGCCAAGCAUGAAGCCUUACCCCUUCAAAAGACAUGAUGCCGCUUACAGGUACAUUGAAAACAGCAUUCUAGAUGUGACUGAAACUGGUCCUAAAGACCUCAUUCAGCCCUGCCAUGAAUUUAAAGGUUUUACCAACACAACAGAAAAGAACAGAAUGAAAAAAUUCACUUAUGAGGUGAUUCGAUUUGCAGCAGCUUGUAUGAACAGCCGCACUAAUGGCACCAUUCACUUUGGAGUAGCAGACGAACCACACGGACAAAUUCUGGGUGUGGACGAGCCAAAAACAGAUGAGUUUGAUGAAAAACUGAAACAAGCAAUUGGAAAACAUUUCAAUUCAGAUAAAGUUCAGAUAGCAAAGAUGUGCAUUAAACCACCUCGAUUUGUUGAAGUUCUCAAAGCAGACAUGACACCCUCUGGAAAAUAUGUUAUUGAGGUAGACAUAGAGCCGUCUACUAUAAUCUGUGAAGGCCAUCGCUUUCACACUAACAAUGUGAAGAUAAAUGAAGAUGAGAUGCAACAGCCCACAGCUGGAGAGAAGAAGAAGAAAGGUGACAAAUCUUUCUUCAUAAGAGAUGGAAGCAGCAGCAGGAAUCUCAUUACAGCUAAACCAAAGGAGUAUGAGAAAUAUAUCACAGACAUGUCAGAGAAGGACAGUUGGAGGACAAAUGCUGAAGAAAAGCAUCUCUCUGUUGUCAAAACGUAUGCGCAGGGCUCUGAACUCAAACAUAUGAUAACAGGAGGGGCUACAUCUAUGGACAUAUCAAACUUUACAUCAUACAUUGUGGUGGCCAACAAGUCUCAUCCUGUUCAGCUGGAAAACAUGGACUUCCUUCUUCCUAUGAAUCUAUUGGGUGUUUUGGACUUUGAUCCACAAUCCGCUGAGAAUGGCUUGAGAAAGCUAUUUGAAGAGAGAAAUGGGCAUCAUAUUUUACCGGCUACGGGUACACUUGAAGACACUGCAGGUAGCUUAAAGCUGGCUAAUGCCAGAAGCUGGGUUUUCUGUAAUGGUGGAACUAAUGGUGAAACCCUGUCUGAUCAUGAUAAUUGGAAGACAGAGAAAGGAUUCUUAGUGCAAAAUAAAGUUUCUUCCCUGUGCCGACAAGAGAUACCUCACAAGUUUCUUGUCAUAUUCUUGCUUUCAAGUCAGGUUAGAGAUGCCAAAGACCCUUUACUUGAGACCUUCAAAAUGUUUUUACAGGAGCUUAGAAGCCAAAACCAAAUCUUAUGCAUCUGUGACAAUGAAGCAACAUACAGCUACUGGAAGGAUCUCAUUAAAGGCAGAUAUAACAUCGACAUCUCAAAAUGCACUUAUGACCUGAGCUUUGCUGAAAUCAACGGCACUGUGCUCAGCCUGUGGUCUGAAGCCCGCAAAAUAAUACGGUUUCUGCCUUGUGGUGGCGGCAGCAAUGUUGUGCUCUUUAAGAAAACAGAGGAACGUUUAAAUUUGCUGAAUAUUCUUUGUGUGAACCAGUGUGAAGGAGGAAAUGAGGAUCAAAAACUACAUGAGGAGAACUUUUACAAGGGAGGAGAGCCAACUUGGUGGAACUUCUACUACUCUGAACAGCGUCAGAGUCAGAACAAGCCAGUUUCAGUCAUCAAACGGGACAAGUUUGACCAUAUUGUCAAUGCUCUUAUUCCAAACGUACUGAAUGAGAAGAGAGCUUGUGUGUUUAUUAACAUCUCCCAUACUGAAGGCUGUGGUGGCACUACACUGGCCAUGCAUGUUCUGUGGACACUCAAGGAUGAAUUUCGUUGUGCGGUGCUGCAGGACUCAACAGAUGAUUACACAGUAGAAGCAGCUAAACAAGUAGUGCAGUUACUUACAUAUGAAGCAAAAGGGAAAACUACACGACUUCCUGUUUUGCUCAAGACUGAGUACCAGCUCUUUGGAAAUGUACAAAGACUUCAAGAUCUAAUUGAGAAGGAAUGUUCAAACCAGGAUGUUUUUUCAAGAAGUCCACAAGUCAUUAUUGUCAACUGCAUCAGAGUGGAUUCCUGUAGACACAUCGAAGAUGCUGGCAAUGCAGUUUUCAUUCCACAGUACUUGUCUGAGAGGGAACGAAAACUAUCUGAAGAAAAGCUGAAGGAGUUGAAGGAGACCAACUCUGAAACAGUUUACUCGCACAUGUUCAUGACCAAAUAUUCAUUGGACUGUAUUCGGGAUGUCGUGAAAAAGACCCUGAAGGGCUUCAACUUUGAACAUAAGCCUGCUCAGCUCUUUGCUGUUCUUGUCCUCUUGCAGGUCUACCGGAGAAAUGCAGUUCUUUCAGUCUCUACAUGUCAAGAGUUUCUUGGUUUGCCAAUAGAAGCUAAGGUUGAAGAUGGAUUUGAGGUGUUUUCCACUCUUUUGAAAAGAUGCACAGUUUUUCACAAAGUUUCCAUUAUAGGCAUGACGGUGAUUCACUCAAGUAUAGCUGAGCAAUGUUUGAAGGAGCUUUCAGAUUCUCAUGGAGUGACAAAGGAAAAAAUUGCUAACCUUCUGCUCAGAACGAUCUCCUUUUAUGACAGCGGUCCAGGCAAAGACAAAUUACUGCAGGAUGUUCACAACAUCUUUGUGAGGAGGCAGUAUUCAGCCACAGAUAAAGAUAUCAGAAAAGAAACCCCAGGGAUGGAAGAGACUGUUCUUGACAAUGCAGCAGAGUGCCUCAGAAACGGUGCAGUGAUGUUUCAGCUCCUUGCCAGGUAUUACAUUAAAAAACAGAACUUUACCAAGGCCAUGGACUGGGCAAAGAAGGCCAAAGAUCACUCAAUGGGGAACUCAUAUCUAUGUGAUACAGUACCUCAGGUACUUCUGUGUGAGCUCAAGUAUGCUUUUGAUGAAGACAAAGAUGAUCCCAUCAAGCCAGACAGUCUGGAUAGGUUUGUGACAUUGGCUGAGUCUGCUGCAGAAGCUUGCAGAGAAACACAGAAAACUGCAAAAAAGGAGGCCAAAGCUCGACUGGAAAGACACGAUGAUUUUGAAACCUACAACACUGCAGGCCAUCUCAUUGAGCUUCAGACUGCAGAUAUUGUCCUACGUGUACUGGAAAAGACACGGAUUGAGUGCCUUGGUCAAUUCUGCUUGGGUACAAUUUCUACUGAGGAUUUGUCACAAGAGAAACCUGAACACAAGCCGUAUUGUGAUGUAUUGCAGAAACACGAACACUUCUGCCUUCAGCUAGAAAACUCAAUGAAGCAGCAUUUUGAUUUUUUCAACAAUUUUUUGGUCAACUUGGCUCCCUUAUUCGCAAGGAAAGACACACAAAAAGAACUGACAAUGACUACGGUUUCUGGGUGCUUCCAGAAAUUUACUGAAUUCUUUUCGGGACCCAAACCCAGCCAAAAUCAAACUGAGCAGAAAUGUAUGGAUAAGAUAAGGAACACUGGUGAUUCCUACAUUGAUCUUCUGGGUUAUUUAUAUGAGAAAGACUCUGCAUCAACUCUUGAAGAGAUCGUCCAACAGCAUGAAUAUAUUGUAACAUCACAUAAACAUGUGGAGAUUGUGGAGUAUAUCAACUAUAUAUUUGCCAAUGUCAUUCUAGCCAACACCAAACCUGCAUCUCCGUACCUCAAACCAUACAAUAAGCUUUGCAAAUUGCUCUGUAAGAAAUCAAUUGCUCAAGCCAGAUCCUUUGAUGAGACUCUCCCAUUGCACUACAUAAGAGUUUUGCUGUUAUGGCAAAAGAAGAAACGUGAAUUGCCUACAUUUGUGACACAGCUGAGAGAGUCAUACUCAAAAAAACUGAAUCCUGUGUCCAAUGGAAAGAGAGCUGCAGUCCACUUUUACAGAGGCAAGGACAAAGGCUACAGUGCCCUGAUAUCCCAGAGAGAUAUUAACCGCUGUUUAGCACCAGGGCAGGACAUUGCUACUCAGUGGAAUGAUGAAAGCAUAUGGAAGAAAGUGAGAGAAAGCGGAAAACUUCUCAGAGUUUCUGGUGAAAUUCGGGAUGGUUUUAUCAGCGUUGAAGGCAUCAGGGUUGAUCCGAUGUUCAGAAGCCAGCUAUGUAAAGAAUCUGGCACAAAAGUGAAUUUCUUCAUCGGAUUUUCAAUGAAUGGACCAGUCGCACUUGACAUUGACUUUGAUUCAGUUCAGUCCAACUCAUGUGUACUUCAAUAGCGCUUUUACAAUGUAGAUUGUGUAAAAAAAGGCAGCUUAACAUAGAAGUUCUAGUAAAGUAAAACUGUCAGUCCAGUUUUCAGAGUUGAAGUUUAGUUCAGUUCAGUGUGGUUUAAUUUUCACUGCUGAAAGUCCAAACCCUGAAGAGCAAAUCAAUUGAUACGCAGCUCCACAAGCCCCAAACCAAGCAAGCCAG